AUGAUGAAGAAUAUGAAUCUAGGUGCAGAAAAAGUGAAAGAAGUUAGAACGCAGACUCUUUGGCAGGAGUUUGAAGCGUUGAGGAUGGGUGAUUCAGAAAGUAUUGAUGAGUAUUAUGGAAAACUCACCAUUAUUGUCAACAAAUUGAGAGGCCUCGGAAAUACUGUGGAUCAUAUCCAAUUCAGUGAUCUCAAAAUGAAAUCCGUUGAUGAGAUUAUUGGAUCACUCAAGGCACAUGAAGAAAGGUUGCAAGGGUUUGGAGAAAAAGAUGAAACUGUUCUCCUCAAGGAGAUGAAGUGUCAGCAAAUGGGACACUUCGAAUCAGAGUGUUCCACAAAAGACGAACAACUCAACUUGAUAGAGAUGCAAAAGGAUGAGGAGUCUUCAUUGCUGAUGAUAGAGGCGUGUGAAACUAAAACUACAUAUGACAAAGAGCCUGAUUUUGUGAUGUUGAAUGAAACUAUAGUGCCGCCAUCAGCCAAUAUUGGAGUUGAAAAUUCCUGGUUCCUAGAUACUGGAGCAAACAACCACAUGUCAGGAGAAAGGAGGGUGUUUCGUGAGCUCGACACAUCUAUUAUUGGAAAGGUAUGCUACGGUGAUAACUCCGUAAUAGACAUUUGUGGUCGAGGAAUAGUGCUCUUUAAAUGCAAAACCGAUGAGCACUUGAUCUUAUCGCAAGUCUAUUACAUACCUAAACUGAAAAGCAAUAUUUUAAGUUUGGGACAACUGGAUGAUGAGAGUGGAAAUAAAAUUGUCAUAGAGGACAGUGUGAUGAAGAUAUAUGACAGGGCUAGGAGCCUGAUUAUUAUGGUGACUAGACAAUCCAACAGAUUGUAUGUAGCAAAGUUGAAGCUUGCAGAUCAAGUGUGUUUAAUGACGAAUACCAGUAACGGUGGUUGGCUCUAA